UAGUUCGGUUGGUGCAUAGUGCAGAUUGCAUAGCUAAUCUCACUCUUACAUAACAUGCCGAGGAGAUAGGAACCAAUGUAUCUGUAGCAGAGGAAACAGAAAAAACAGAAAAUGUCUGCACUAGGAAUAGAUACAAUGCUUCUUUUGCCUUCAUUGAAGCUCUUAUACCCAGCUCCUCGUAAAGAACAUGGCUUCUUGCCUCCUUGUUUCUCUUCUCCUAAACCUUCUUCUUCUUGCUCUUGUUCUUCUCUCAAGGCCGUAUUUUCAGUUUCGUGCCGGAAAACCCAAUACUUUAGACCGUCGUCCGUUUGUUUGGUCCGAAGAGUGAGAGCAAAGGCUUCCGAAGGACAGAGUUCGAGCCUAGAGGAGGAGAAGGAAGAGGCGGAAGAGCCGGAAUUUCAAGUUGUUUCGGCUGUCAGAAGCAACUAUAACGAAAUUGUUAUCGUUGACACCCCUGAUUCCAGGGUUUUGCUCCUCGACUCUACUCACAACGUCCACAGCAUUUUUAGAAAGGGACAAAAGUGGACUGGGUCAUAUUGGGAUGAGUUUGCAAGUCUGCCAGCUAUUGUUCCACACGGUCCUAUUGCAAUCUUAGGUUUGGGUGGUGGAACUGCAGCCCAUUUGAUGCUUGAGUUGUGGCCUUCUUUGAAGCUUGAAGGAUGGGAGAUUGAUGCAAUUUUGAUUGAUAAAGCAAGAGAAUAUCUUGGACUGUCUGAUCUGGAGAAGUGUACUGAAGCCGGUGGUGUUCUCCAUGUUCAUGUUGGUGAUGCCCUUUCUCCAUUAGCUGUUGUUCCGGGAGGAUUUGCUGGCAUUGUCGUGGACUUGUUUUCUGAUGGAAAGGUUUUGCCACAGUUGCAAGAGGUUGAAACAUGGUUGGAAAUGAAAAAUAAAUUGCUACCUCAUGGCCGCAUAAUGGUGAACUGUGCUGGGGUGCAUUCUGAUACAUACAGUAAUGGAUAUGGGAUAACCUAUCCAAAUCUUUCAUCAACAGGUAGUGCAUGGGCAGAAAAUUCUACUAUCAAGGCACUGUACAAAGCAUUUCCUGGGAUGUUAAGCUGGAAGAGAAUGGCAGAAGCAGAAGGUGAAAAUUAUCUUGCACUUACGGGACCUUUUCCAGACUUGGAUGCAUGGUCUUCUGCUGUCCCAGGCUCAUUAAGUUUGAAUGUGAAAAAAUGGAGACCUUGUGGCAUGCUUUCAUGAAAUUUGGUUAGCUGUCAUGUUAUUCAUCUUCUUUGUCAUGCAAAUUUUUAAGAUCUCAUAGAAAAUUUCAAUUGGACUUGGUGCUUGCAGCGUCCCCUGACAAAGUUGGUGGAAAAAAAUGAGAGAACCAAAACUAGAAUUAGGUGAAACUCAUAAUAGGCUAGCUAGGGCCAAGCCCAACUAUAUUUAUGCAGCUACUGAUACUUGGAUUCCAUCUGCUACACCUCACCGAGCAAUCUGAGUGGAGAAUAUGGGACAAGUAAAUGGAUUGCAGAGUUUAUAGAACCACAACCAAGAACUAGAACAUAUAGGAUGGACCUUGUAAGGAGAUGGUUUGACUUGGAAAAAGCUUUUGCAAAUCUAGCAUUAAUGUUGUAGACUUGUAGUAGGUAAUUUAGGCAUACAAAUGCCUUGCUAAUAACAAUCCAAGAUAAAUGGAAUGUUCUUUUUUUUUCA